AAGAGAAAUACAUGGAAAAUAUCUGUGUUAUAAUACUAUAUUCACGUGAUAGUAUAAAAUGACGUAAUAGAAAGUAGGUUGUGCUAUUACGCUUUUAUAGAUAUUUAAUGAGUAUCGAUUAAUAAACUCUUUCUGCUUUUGUACUUCUAUAGUCAAAAGCUUUCUACAUUUAAUUUACGAGAAGGAAAUACACAUAUACACGUAAAAUACAAAAUGCUGAAGAAAAGAAAAAUAAACACUAUUGCAUCUUAUAAUGAUGAAGACGAAAAUAUUGGACCUAUCAUAUUUCAUAUUCCAGCAGUGUAUAGCGAUAAAGUCAAAAUCCACGAUUGGCAAAUGAAAAUCUUAUCGGAGCCUAGAGACAAUGCGGACAUAUUUCCACCGACCGGGAAUCUACACAAGUCCUCGUAUCGGAGACUCGGUCCGGAGGACGAAGUCACUGGAAUUUCGGAGACACGUGCCAUGCAGUCGCAAAUUAAACUAAAAGACGAGUACAAGCCAGUUACUUAUCCACGACGUAGUUUACUCACGAUGCAGUCGCUCGCUUCGGCGGAAAAAGAUUACGAGGAAAAGGUAUUAAAAUUAACGGACAUCCUUCUGGAUCCCAUGGUCAUUUGUCAGAUGAAUUAUCGCACCACCACGAACAGCGAUUAUCGGUCACCUCAUCCUCCGAAACCGAGACCACCACCAUCACCACCACUACCGGAGCCGUGGUUGCUAAAUCGACGCACCAUUGGCUACAAUCUUCAAGAUUUGGAAAAUCGUUGCGGGUACCACACGUUUUUAGACGAUAAUAUGGAUCUUCAUCAAAGAAUAGCAGAGCUGAAAAUGCAAAGGGGAAAACUGUAUGAGAUUCUAUUAAAUAAUAAAAACCAGCAAAAUCCUAUUAACGAUUGAAAAGUUACAUAUAUAUAUUUUUGCUUUAUAAAAUAGAUUAUUUAUGCGAGCACUAAAGUAAAAGGAGAAAUUAUUUAUUACAAAAUUAUUUGAAGUGUUAGAUAAAUCUAACAAUAAGUUGGAAUAUU